UAGACUCGCCGAGAAGCUAGCUGGGCGGGCUGGGCAGUGCGGGUUGUCCGGGUUAUACGGCCGCGGCUAUGGGGGGCUUGAAAGACGAGCUGCUGAAGGCUAUAUGGCAUGCCUUCACCGCACUGGACCUGGACCACAGCGGCAAGGUCUCCAAGUCCCAGCUCAAGGUCCUUUCCCAUAACCUGUGCACAGUGCUGAAGGUUCCACAUGACCCCGUUGCCCUUGAAGAGCACUUCAGGGAUGAUGAUGAGGGGCCGGUCUCCAAUCAGGGCUACAUGCCGUAUUUAAACAAGUUCAUUUUGGAAAAGGUCCAAGACAACUUUGACAAGAUUGAAUUCAAUAGAAUGUGUUGGACCCUCUGUGUCAAAAAAAACCUCACAAAGAGUCCCCUGCUCAUUACAGAAGAGGAUUCAUUUAAAGUAUGGGUUAUUUUCAACUUUUUAUCUGAGGACAAGUAUCCCUUAAUUAUUGUGCCAGAAGAGAUUGAAUACCUGCUUAAGAAACUGACAGAAGCUAUGGGAGGAGGUUGGCAGCAAGAACAAUUUGAACAUUAUAAAAUCAACUUUGAUGGCAGUAAAGAUGGCCUUUCUGUGUGGGAGCUGAUAGAGCUUAUUGGAACUGGACAGUUCAGCAAAGGCAUGGAUCGGCAGACGGUGUCUAUGGCGAUUAAUGAAGUCUUUAAUGAGCUUAUAUUAGAUGUAUUGAAACAGGGUUACAUGUUGAAAAAAGGCCAUAGACGGAAAAACUGGACUGAACGCUGGUUUGUACUAAAACCUAACAUAAUUUCUUACUAUGUGAGUGAGGAUCUGAAAGAUAAGAAAGGAGACAUUCUCUUGGAUGAAAACUGCUGUGUAGAGUCUUUGCCUGACAAAGAUGGAAAGAAAUGCCUUUUUCUCAUAAAAUGUUUUGAUAAGACCUUUGAGAUCAGUGCUUCAGAUAAGAAGAAGAAACAGGAGUGGAUUCAGGCCAUUCAUUCUACUAUCCACCUGUUGAAGUUGGGCAGCCCCCCACCACACAAAGAAGCCCGCCAGCGUCGGAAAGAGCUCCGGAAGAAGCUGCUGGCGGAGCAGGAGGAGCUGGAGCGACAGAUGAAGGAGCUCCAAGCUGCCAACGAAAACAAGCAGCAGGAGCUGGAGGCCGUGAGGAAGAAACUGGAAGAAGCAGCAUCUCGAGCAGCAGAAGAAGAAAAGAAACGCCUUCAGACUCAAGUGGAGCUUCAGGCCAGGUUCAGCACAGAGCUGGAGCGGGAGAAGCUCAUCAGACAGCAGAUGGAAGAACAGGUCGCCCAAAAGUCCUCUGAACUGGAGCAGUAUUUGCAGCGAGUGCAGGAGCUGGAAGGCAUGUACCUGAAGCUGCAGGAGGCUCUUGAGGAUGAGAGACAGGCCCGGCAAGAUGAAGAGACUGUGCGGAAGCUUCAGGCCAGGUUGCUGGAGGAAGAGUCUUCCAAGAGGGCUGAGCUGGAGAAGUGGCACCUGGAGCAGCAGCAGACCAUCCAGAUGACUGAAGCGGAGAAACAGGAGUUGGAGAACCAGCGCAUUAUGAAAGAGAGGGCCCUUCAGGAAGCCAUGGCACAGCUGGAACAGCUGGAGUUGGAGCGCAAGCAAGCGCUCGAGCAGUAUGAGGGAGUUAAAAAGAAGCUGGAGAUGGCAACUAGUAAGACAAAGAGCUGGAAGGACAAAGUGGCCCAGCACGAAGGACUGAUUCGACUGAUAGAACCAGGUUCCAAAAACCCUCACCUGAUCACUCACUGGGGGCCGGCAGCUUUCACGCAGGCGGAACUUGAGGAGCGAGAGAAGAACUGGAAAGGAAAGAAGGGCACAGAGUGACCGCCGGCAGCCGCUGCAGCUGUGACGCAGGUUCCAGGCGCAGCCGGAAAGCUUGAUGCAAAGGACAAAAGGAACUGGCUUUGCUGCUUCUAACUCUUCUUCCUUCAGCCUCCUGCUGGCUCCAUGUACUGAGGACACCUUGAUUAUCUUUCUGCAAAUAAGAGCUUACCUGAAAAGGAAAAAAAAGUCAACAUUGUCAUGCUCUUAAUAGGCUCUUUCUGUGAAAACUUCAGCUUCUGGAAAUUCCUUUGCAGCUCUCAGAUCCUUGUGGCGUCAUCCUCGGUGUGCUUGGGGAGGAGCAGGGUCGGUGCUUAGGGUCACUGGUUGAUCAGAACCUCUGUGGACCGGGGUCAGUCUUUUCCUUUGGCAGCAUCUUUCCUUCUCCGGGUACCUGUUUCUAAACUAGAUGGGCCAGUCUGCUUGCCACUGCUUGACAGGUGCCAUGGGAAGCCCUUGACCGUGGCCACUCCGAGACAGAAGUCACUAGCUGCACGGGACCCCGCCUUGGCUCAGCAUUCGGGGGCCAGCUAUGGGGCUGUGCGGAAGAAGGCUUCUGCCCAAGGCAGAGUGUUACUGAUCCAUGUCCUGGCUUCCGUUGCACUGUCUAGGAGUCCUUUUAAACAGUGCUUUGGCCAAGCUGGGUACAGUAUGUCCUUGCUGAACAUCGACAGUGACGUAUAGCAAAACCAAUCUUAUCAUAGAGGCAGAUUCAUAAAAAAAAGUUAAGUUUCUGCAGCAUCUCAUCAACACUAGAACAAAACAGUGUUGAACAAAACGAUAUUAUUCAAGGACCUGCUGUAUUAAUGAAUCAAAGCACAUAGAUGAACUAAGUAAAUCCCAUUUGGAAUGAUAGUUUAAUACUAACUGAAUUCUUCCUGAGGUUUAAAAUGGUUUCAGCUGUCAGAAGUGCUGACAGACCCCUUGGUUUACUUUUGUAGUUACUGUACAGAAUAUUUCAGGAUGUGUGAGCACUCGUCCUAAUCAGGCCUUUUACUUAAUAAACAGGAAUAUGAUCAUUUCUAUGAAUUAUAUAUGAAAAAAAUUUUAAAUGUAUUUUUGUCAUUUUCUGUGUUGAGAGGGAACAAAAUAUUUAUAAUUUUCAAACAUUCUUACCUAAAUAUUAUGCAGUGUAAUAUGCUGAACUUUCUUAAUUUUUUUGCUAAUUUUCUAAGAUAUAUUAAAACUUUUGUAUUUUUUUUAAAUGAACUCAGUAAGGAAAAUAAAAAAACAACC